AUGUCCUUUUCUUCUUGCACACGCAGUCAAACGGCAUUGACAUCGGAUUGCAAUUCCUUAUGUCCCGUAGGUCGUCCUUGUGUGGCGUAUGCUGCUGAAGAUGAAGACAAAUGCUCAUCCAGCACUGCAACGUUUGGAAACUGUACAAGUGACGAGUAUUGCACAUACGAAUGCUUUGCUACAGGCCCAAACGAUGAAUCAAUCGACUUUACCACGUACACAUUUCUGAUCCCUUUUGGCAGCGACAUGGAGCCUAGUGAACAAGAGGCAUCUGUCAAAGCUAGAGUGGACAUUGUGACCAAUUUGACAGCAAAGUAUCCUUCCAAAUCUAAUGACGUACUGCAGUACAUUGAACCCCUGGACUUUCAAACGUCGACUACACAUGUCGUAUUGGCUGGUGGUUCCAGUGUGUAUGGUGAACGAGGACAAGCUGUACUAAUGCACCUACCACGGGAACUAUUCACGGCUGAUAUCCAAUUGCGAGCCAUAACGCUGGCAAAUCUCGGAUUGACGCAGAUUCUCGAGUCAUCGCUGCCUCCAAGACUCGUCAAUCUUACAAUAUUCAACUGCCUCAUGACAAGCUACCCGGAUGAUCUGCACAUGAUGAGUGAGCUUGAAUAUCUAGAUCUAUCGCAGAACUACUUUGAGUUCUUUCCAGCCGCUCUCAAACUACCCAAUCUAAAGACGCUCAACCUGGAUGUUGCAGGCAACAACUUCACUUCAAUUCCAGCAGCAAUUUUCAAACUAGAGAAUCUCAAACGACUAGAUCUCUACGCGAAUCAGUUAGCAAAUGUGAAGCUCACAACUUCACAGUUCAAUUUUCUUCAAGAGCUUGAUGAGCUCAAUGUGGACUCGUUUGGCAAGGUAGCGGAGUGUGAUACAGUCAAGACGCUUCAAACAAGCAACUCAUUGCUCAGCGUAUGUGUGACAGACACUAUUUUGUCAGACAUGAAUCUAUCGUCCAACAAGGCUCUUAUCGCUGGAGUUAUUGCUACAUCUAUCGUUCUAUUCCUCAUCCUCGCCCUCAUUUUUGGAUGCAGAUAUCUUCGCCGUCGUGCUUUGAGCAUGAAACCUGAACCAGGGACACUUAGCCGGCAUCGUGGGCUGCUCAGCCCAGUGAGAAAAUCAUCACCUUAUGUACCUCUAGUCGAUGAACAACACUACUCAUCCGACUUAGACGUAAAGGACCACCCAACACAACAACGCUUACCUUAUGGUAAAGAGCUUGAGGCACUACUUUUGAACGCAGACGACUUGAACUAUAUUCGCAAGUUAUCCAGCAAACAUCGACCAAAUCGUGGUCAUCGUGAGACUUUUCUGACGAGAUUUCGUGCCUCCAGGUUUCUUGUUUGCAAGAGGUUGCAGCAAAACCUCGUUCACGAUACCUCGGCGGUGCAGCGUUUUGCUCGAGACAUUCAUCUUGCAGCGUCCCUUGAUCAUCCGCGGAUUGUAGCACUUGUGGGCAUUAUUUGGAGCCGAGCGUACAGCUUGGAGGCGCUGUUUGAGUACAUGGAUGGAGGUGACCUGCGUUCAUAUUUGGCCAAAGUCAAAGAAGCUGAAGGUUUAUACAGUGUCUGGAAACUUCAAGUCGCGCUAGAUACUGUUGAAGCAUUGGCGUAUGCACAUUCGUUCUCACCGACGCUUGUGCACCGUGGUCUAACGUCACGUAGCGUUUUACUGUCCUCGCCACCAAAAGUACACGCUCAUCUGGAUGACUUCGUUUAUGACCGCCAAGACUUUGUCAGCAUGUCGGCUAUUGGUCUACCACAUGAAGAGAGGUGGUUACCACCCGAAGUUAUCGCGAGCAGGGCAUACUACAGUCCUGCUGCAGAUAUCUACGCAUUUGGAGUGAUUUUAUCGGAGCUUGACACUCAUUCUUUGCCUUACGACAAUGUUGAGGGUAAUGUGAGCAGCAAAAAAAGCAUGAGUAACAUGGAAAUUCUCAAUCGAGUAGCUUCCGGUAAGCUGCGUCCAGUUUUCACAUCAGGCUGUCCGACGGACUUUCGAGAGUUUGCUGAGCAAUGCCUCAGCUUUGAAGCAUCGGAUCGACCAACUGCUUUCCAAGCUGUCAUCAGGUUGCGUGCACUACUCGAGGAAGGCCAGCAGACUUCAUACAGAAUUUAG